CAGAUUCAAUUAGAAAUCUAAUCCUUAAGCCUUAACAUAAUAAUCUCGAAAAACUACAGUGAUUCCCAUUAAAAAACACAAUUCUACGUGGCACGCCCAGUAGUUGCAAUAAAAUAUAAAUAUAGGAACUCAGUCAGGUGCCUCGCGCAUGCUCAGGUAUUGACCACCUGUAUGAACGAACAUACUUGCUAAGCUUAUUCCGAGGUUUUGAGUUCGAGUCGUUGACCACAGUUGAAAUAUGUUGCAUUUUUACUUUUACAGUUUUGUACUAACAAAAUGUUUCUUUACGACCGUUAUCACAGUUUUUCUUUAGUGUGAAAGUUGUGUGUUGCGUUAGUGAAGAAUGAUGGAUCUCGUUUGUUUUGAUCUUUUGGCUGGGAAGAUUAGAUAAAACUUCGCUUGUUUUGAUUUUGUGGAUUGUCAGAUAACAAAAUACAUGAGUUUCAACGUCGCAGACCAGAAGAUAAACAGAAAAAUGCAUGAGUUAUUCAUGCAAGUACUGAAAAAUAGAGAUCUCUCUAGAGCUGGGGAUCUUUUCUCUGUUCCCGAUUCUGUUAUCGUCAAUGACUUGACCGAUGUGUUGAAAGAGAUUACUGUUAUCGCUUCUUUUCCUGAUUACGUGAACAAUGAUAAUGAUCAAAGUGUAGUAGAGAUUUGCGUUACUCGAGUCACUUCUUGUAUAAGAGAAACAGGAAGUGUGGAGCAGCACUGUGAAGCUCUUGUUGCUCUCUUAGAAUCAUGUCUUCAUCACAAUCUACAAAUCUCUGCCAGAGACGAAGAUCCUCCUCAUGCUAAGAUCUCCAGCGACAUUAUUUCCUGUAUAUUUUUGAAUUAUAGUAAGAAGUCGGUUAUGCAAAGAGCCUUGCCUGUAGCAGUUAAGUUUUUACAUAAAGGAAAUAAAGAGUUAUCGAGAAAUAUGGCUUCUUAUUUAUCUCUUGCUGCAAUGGAACACGCCUCUCUACUAACACCACAUGUCCAACCCAUCAUGGACUCGAUAAUUUCAGGAAAUUAUCCUUUGUGUAGAGUGUUACCUAAUAUAUAUGAAGUGUCUCCAGAACCAUUCCAAGGUCAUGCAAUGGCUUUGGUUUCACUACUUCCUCACUGUGAUACUCAAGAAAAAUUGGCCCUAUUGAACUUAUUCGCCCUCAUUGCCAAGGACAACCCAUCGUUAUUAGAAGCAAGCGUUCCACAACUCUGUGAAUAUUUAAGCAGUUCAGUAACUGUCACUCCAACUUUACAAGUAUUUCUUCAUAUGGCUGAGAAGAUGCCUGCAUUAUUAGCUGAUCAUGUGAACGCUAUGAAGCAGUCUGCAAAGAGGCAUCCUCAAACAGUUUAUCUAACAGCUCAAAUCAUCAGUGCUGUUGGAAAAUUGUGUAAGGAUCGAGCUCAAGAUGCAUUGAAUUUUGUCUUGGAAUAUUUACCGAAAGCAGAUCGAAGCUCACAGAGUGCUCUUUUAAGAGAAGCUACUUUACUAUGUAGUUCCUUUCCAGUACUUUUCACAGAUAAAGUUUUAGCAGGCGUUAGACACAGACAUCACACCAGUACAAAUCAAAUCACUCAACAGUCCACUCCAACCACUCAAAAUCAAGUGACCUCAGAUGGAGUAACAAUUGUUAAAGUAGGAGGGAUUCAUACGGUUACACCCAACCCUUCAGGCGGAUAUACACGUAGAGCCAAACUUGGAGAUUCUCGGAGUACAGGUAGACUACAUACCGCCUCAAGUAUUAAUACUCACAGAAGCAUGACAAGGCUCAACAUUGCGGGAGGCUCUGUAGGUGGGUUGCACAAAAGUAUGACACGAUUGAGCUCUUCUCAACAAAUCAAUGCAGUACCUACCCCACCCUUAUCCAAUAAUAUUACUGUUACUGCUGGAAACAAGUGGCCAGGGUCGAAUGGUCGGGUAUCAAGUGGCGGUGUGACUGUAACAACUAUUUCGCCACCUAAAAUACAAAGACCUCUGAGUCAGGGACCACUAGUUCUUCUCUCAAAUCACACCAGUCAGGUUGCUGCCUCAACAUCUUCCUCACAUCACACUACAAAUGCAGUUACUGUCAGUUCUGGAUAUACCGGACCUAUUUCCAGUGGACAAGUUUCUAUAUUAACAGGCGAAGUCAACAGUUCAAUAACCCAAACUAUACCAAUUGGAAAUAAUAUUGUACAUACACCUCCGCCCAUGCCGGAAAGUCACAGUGCUACAAAUACUCCACUUGUCGGCAAUAGUAAUGUGAAUAUAAGCGGUCCCACUACUGUAGUAUCACGUCGGAAUAAUAACACUAGUGUCACCUUAAUCAAUCAGAAUUCAGUAGCAAAUCAAAGAAUGAGUGUUUUUGAGCCAUAUCCCAUGCGAGAUACGAUACAGCAUUUUUGCGAAAAGCAUCUAGAUAAAAUCAAAAACUAUAUGGAGAAAGUGUCGUUGAGAAUACCAUCGCCAGCUAAAUGUACGAUAGAGGAAAAGAGACAAAAAAAAUCGGCCAAGUUACAUUUUGCGUGCCAAGCUAGAGGACAACAUUGCCUGUAUUCAAAAACAUUUUUUACAAUGAGAACCAGAAAUCCCAGAAUUUGGAUACAUUUGAUGUUUAUUUCUUUGCAGGUACGUGAUACUCAACCAGUGAUAGAAGGCCAGUUGAAGGAGAAAAAAGGUCGAUGGAGACUAUUCAGAAGAUGGAGGACAAGAUAUUUCACUCUGUCUGGAGCACAUUUAUCGUGUAGAGGCUCAAGCGGAGGUGAAUCUAUUGAUGUUAAUCAAAUUAGAUCAGUUAAAGUAUCAAGAGGAGCAAGGAACAUUCCGAAAGCUUUCGAAAUCUUCACGGAAAAUCAAACGUUAAUUCUGAAACCUAAAGAUGGUAAGAACGCUGAAGAGUGGGUACAAUGUCUAAACAUAGUUGUGGCUCACUCUCAUGCCAAGGAACUUCCUGGCAAAAGCAAUUCUCUUCCUGCACGAGGAAUAAGUUCUAGUCGAACAGCUAUGUAACACAAAUUAUCAGUGAUGCUUUAUAUAUAUACAUAUAUUUUGAAUUUCCAUUUUUA